AUGGUGUUUGUUUUUAUUCGACUCCCGCCCCCGCUCCAGAGUGUGCAACAGGUUAUCACGGAAUUUCCCCCUUUGCAUCGUUCGAAUGCAGCCCACUCUUGCAUGAAUCAGCGAAGUCCAGCUAUUCAGCCCACAAGUGCAUGAUGAGCGGCUCAGAGACCGCCGAGGCGGCCCAUGGAAAUGCCAACAGGACCAGGUCCAGGUCGCACCAAGACGACACCCUACUGAUUAGGCUUCUUCCCGUGUCCGCGCGUCAUCAGCUCUGCGUUCAUCUGGACUCCCUGGAUGUGUGGCAGCAGCUGGCCACGGCCGUCAAGCUCUACCCGGAGCAGGUGGAGCAGAUAAGACACCAGAAAGACCGCGGCCGUUCCCCAUCAAACGAGUUUAUGAAUAUUUGGGGGGGCCAAUACAAUCACACAGUCCAGAGCCUGUUUGCCCUGUUCAAAAAGUUGAAGCUGCACCAUGCCAUGCGAAUGAUCAAGGAUUAUGUGAGCGAGGAUCUGCACAAGUACAUUCCCAGGAGCUUGCCCACCAUCAGUGACUUGCGUGCCCCGCCUGAUUCCAACUCGAAAAUAGACAAUGGCCCGCCCUUUCCCUCCUCCUCAGGCGUCAGCAAUUCGAACAACAAUCGCACAACGACAUCGACAAUGAGCGAGGAAAUUCCCAGCUUAGAAUCCCUGGGAAACAUUCACAUCAGCACGGUGCAACGAGCGGCCGAGUCCCUGCUGAAGAUCGAUUACUUGGAGCUGGAACGUGCUACGGACAGCUGGUGUCCGGAGAACCGCCUCGGCCAGGGUGGAUUCGGGGAGGUGUACAAGGGCGAGUGGAAGCAGCUGGACGUGGCCAUCAAGGUGAUGAACUACCGCAGUCCCAACAUCGACAAGAACCAGGUGGAGCUGCAGCAGAGCUACAAUGAGCUGAAGUACCUCAACACCAUUCGACACGACAACAUUCUGGCCCUCUACGGCUACAGCAUCAAUGGCGACAAACCUUGCCUCGUCUAUCAGCUGAUGAAGGGCGGCUCGCUGGAGAACCGCCUGCGGGCGCACAAGUCGCAGCAACCGCUGCCGGCGCUGACGUGGAUGCAGCGUUUCAGCAUUUGCCAUGGCACAGCCAAAGGCAUCUACUUUCUGCAUACGGCACGCAAUACGCCCCUCAUCCAUGGUGAUAUUAAGCCCGCCAACAUUCUGCUGGAUCAGUGCCUGCAGCCGAAGAUCGGGGACUUUGGACUGGCCCGCGAGGGACCCAAGUCCAUAAACGCUGUGAUGCAGGUGAAGAAAGUGUUUGGCACGAGAAUCUACCUGCCACCAGAGUUCCGCAACUCCAAGCAGCUCAGCACGGGCGUGGAUGUGUACAGCUUUGGGAUUGUGCUGCUGGAGGUGUUCACCGGGCGCCAGGUGACGGAUCGCCUGCCCAAGAACGACCAUCAUCAGGAUCUGCUGCACUAUGUCAAGCAGAACUGGGCACAGUCGCAGCAGCAUCGCCUGGAGCUGCUCGACAAGCAUCUGCCCAUGCCGCUGGGCGAGGAGCUGGACAUGUGCCUGUGUGCCAUCGAGAUGGGCCUGCAAUGCACAGCACUCGAGACGCAGGACAGACCAUCGAUGAACGGUGUACUCAACAGAUUCAAGCCAUUCCGCAUUGACUUUUGAUCCAAGAUCAAAGAUUAUUGUUACUCGUAUUUUAUAAUUUUUUAAGGAAGAGCAUUUGAUUUUAGCGUCAGUUGUGGUUCACCUGAGAGCCAUUUAUUAUUUAGCAACACAUCACAAAAUACUCAAAGUA